CAUGCAAAGUUGCCACUAUUUUCAGGGGGUGGGGGAGGGGUGUUUCGCAAAGUCAACGAAACACAAAGCGUCAGCAAAUUAUAAAGAUGGCGUUGUUGUCGCUGUUGUUAAUGAUUUUACUAGCAGUCAGCUCGGCUUUGUCGGCUCGGAUUGCUGGUUUCUGUGCCGUUGGAGGAUCACAGUACAUUAACACAAGACAUACUCUGGAAGAACUAGCCAACAGAGGCCACGAGGUGGUGCUUGUUGUUCCCUCAUCUCAGAAAAUCAAACCCAGUGAGAAAGUGCCACACAAGAUUUACCAAGUACCCUAUGAACCUGGCUUCCAUGAAGAUGCCAUGAUACGGCUUGAAUUUGAGGGAAAUAAGUUACAACUGUUUUUGAAAAUGGGUGAAGUGCUGCAUGCUUUGUGUGAGAGUGUUUUCAACAGCACAGAGGUUCUCGAGGACCUGAAAGGCUUUGACCUCAUUAUUUAUGACAGUCUUGCAUCUUGUGCUGUAUUGAUUGGUGAACACCUUAGUAUUCCUAGAGUCGAGAUUUUGCCUGCUCCACCAAAUGUUCCAUUCUCUUUUAAGCACAUGAUACCAAUGCCUGUCUCCUACGUUCCACAACUGUUGACAGGAUUUACUGACAAAAUGACUUUUUUGGAACGUGUGAUGAAUUUAGGGGUUUACUUUGGUACAAAGCAUUUUAUACAGUUUGCAUUUGAAAGACAAAUGGAUGCUCUUAAAGUCAAGUACAAAAUCAAACCUGAACAAAGUUUUCAUGAGGCUGCUGGUGAUGUUGAACUUGUCAUAAUUACUGCAGACUUUGCUAUAGAGUAUCCACAACCCCUAUUGCCAGGCAAUGUCAUGGUUGGACCACUGAAUGUCAAAAAAGCGGCAAGGGCACUCCCCCCUGAUUUAGAAGAAUUUGUCAGCAAUUCAGGGGGCCAUGGCUUUAUCAUUGUUUCCUUUGGUUCAAAUGUGGCAUCAGUUCUUCCAAAGACAGUGGUAGACAUGUUAGCAACAGCAUUUGGAAAGCUGAAACAGAGAGUUGUGUGGAGGCUUCAAGGUUACAUUCCUUCCUUCCUUGCUACAAACAUCAAAGUACAGGAAUGGUUACCUCAGAAUGAUCUUUUGGCUCACAAGGACAUCAAAGCUUUUGUCUCCCAUGUGGGACACAACAGUCUUUAUGAGUCAGCUUAUCAUGGCGUGCCUUUAUUGGCUUUCCCCCUGUUUGGAGACCAACAAAGCAAUGCCAAGAAAGUAGAGCAUGUUGGAAUUGGUUUAGCAGUGGAUUAUAAAAGCUUUAAUGCCCAACAGUUGGUUGAGACAAUUGAGCGUGUCAUUAGUGAACCCAGAUUCAAAACAGAAGCAAUGCAUAUCUCUGGCUUGUUAAAGGAUCGUCGACAAAUGCCUCUUCAAGAAACCUGUGACUGGAUAGAGUAUGUACUCAGACAUGGUGGAGCUCGGCACCUCAGAGCUCAAGUGUUUAACAUCCCUUGGUAUCAAUACUACUUACUUGAUGUCAUGGCUUUCCUUGUUGCUAUAGUUACCUUGGUUGUCAUGGCUAUGCGUUUGAUGUACAGAUGCCUGUGCCAUUUGUGUUGUAAAAAGAGUAAUAGCAAAGCUAAGGAGGAGUAAAACUGGAAAAUUAUUUGUGAGCCUGGUCUCAUCAUAAGACUAGUCAUGUGAUUACCAAAUUACCUGUUAGCACCAUUUUCAUUUUUAUACAGAAUAAUUACUGUCACCUGAGGUUCAAAAGUUGAUGGUACAGUUCACAAUAGAUUUUUGUGAAUCAGUAGAUAAACUGCCCAGAAGAGUCUUAAGUGGACAAACAAGAUUUACUUCAUUUCACUGAGAGAGUUCAUUUAACUGAAAGAGACCUCAUAAAAACAGAAAGCAUGGUCUGGGACCGUCACAAACCACCACAGGACAUCCAACGUAUAUAGCUUACUCGAUAUUACAGUGUGCCUCAGCCCUGCCAUAAAUGUUUGCCAUGUUGUUUUGUCUAUCUGUUUUAUCUACCUUGAAAUACUUGGAAAAAAGAGCAUGAGUUUUCUUUUGUAUUUUUGGCAAGGCAACUAAUAAUGCAGUUUAAAGCAUCCCAUAUUUAAUAAUAAUAUCAAAAGUAAUGAUUUUCUAAAUUUCUUUGUUAGGAUCCUUGACCAGUGAGAUUAUUUCGAAAAUGAUGCUUUUCACUUACGGAUCUGUUGAUCUGUAGUCACUACAACUAAUCUGCAAAAUUCUUCUCUAAUAAUUUAAAAGGAAUAUAUCCAACGAAAAGGCCUGUAGUCAACAUGGACUAGUUGAUUAAAGCAUUUUAUCAUUCCAUGUAUUUUUCUCUUACUUUACAUUAGCGAAGAGCCCACUAUGUGACCCACAAGUAACUGCUAUCAAAUAAUGGUCUGUUCAUGCGUAAUGCGAUCUAAAUGUAAUAUUUUUGGUUUUGAUCUGCUCACUACUGACACAUCAGAAUAUUUCAUUCAACCCUGUCUAAUAAUUGUUAAUUAUUAGUUUUAGUUAAAAAAACAUGCACAAUAAAAAUAAACUUAUUUCAAAAGUGUGAUAUCUGUGUUCAACCUGAAUGGGCACUAUAUUCACAAUGGCUCACCUUUGGCUUGCUAGUGCAGCAUCUUAAUCUCAAGCCAAAUAUUUUCCUGUCCAGUUCUCCCACUCAGUAAACAAUAACAAAAGGCAUGAUAGGAAGUAAUGUUGAUUUUCAAUUUCAUUUGAAUGACAGAAAGAACAGAUUCUUGAUCUGUAAGAGUCUUUGGUUGGCUGGUCUUUAUCUGCCAGUUCUUCAGACAGCUGCAAUAUUAUUUUUUGACGAGGUGUGAAGAUAAAUCCAACAAGUUCUGAACAGGCAAUUUACAUAGUUCUUUUCAAACUUGUUCCCAGUUGCUUUGGCCUCUUCAAAUACUUUACUCAAUAAUUCCGGGCUUAAGGUGG